AGUCAAAAAACAUGAACUGUAAUCCAUUACUCACUGACUCCAACUUUCCUCCGCCCCUUUAACGUCACAUUUAAAGCGCGUUAAAGCAGCGAUGUCGACAUUUCCGACACGUACUUGAAGGCAGCAACAGUUGAAUCCUAAUUGGAGUCAGACUUUGCAGGGCGAGGAGUGGCUUCCCCGUCAACCCGAGACAACGGACUCAUCCUUCUCCAGAAGUACGAGGGAGUAGUUAGUAAACUGCAAGCAGCUUGGUGAAAAGAUUAGUUUGGAAGAUUUUGAGGAGACGAACAUAUUUCCUGAAGCUGAAGCCAUGCGUGUGGUGUAUUCGCGUACUUCAGUUUGAGAUGCCACUUCCCUGCAGGAUGGAGUCAUCAUGCCUGGACCUGGCUCUGGAAGGCGAGCGGCUCUGUAAGGCUGGUGACUAUCGCGCUGGUGUGUCUUUCUUCGAGUCUGCCAUCCAGGUCGGAACAGAGGACCUUCAGAUCCUCAGUGCCAUCUACAGCCAGCUUGGAAAUGCAUACUUUCACCUGCAAGAGUAUAAUAAGGCUCUGGAGUACCAUCGUCAUGACCUCACACUUACCAGAACGAUUGGAGAUGAACUCGGUGAGGCUAAAGCCAGUGGAAACCUUGGGAACACAUUAAAGCUUUUAGGACGUUAUAAUGAAGCAGUGGUUUGUUGCCAAAGACAUUUGGAAAUCACAAGAGCCAUUUAUGAUAAGGUUGGGCAGGCUCGAGCGCUGUAUAAUUUCGGGAACGUGUACCACGCCAAGGGCAAGAGCAUCUGCUGGAGUGGAACGGAGCCAGGAGAGUUCCCAGAGGAUGCCAGGAUAGCCCUGAGGAAGGCUGCAGAGUACUAUGAAGCGAAUUUGUGCCUGGUAAAGGAGUUGGGCGAUCGCGCAGCCCAGGGUCGUACCUAUGGGAACCUGGGUAACACUUACUACCUGCUGGGUGACUUUGAAAUUGCGGUAGCUGCACAUGAAAAGCGGCUACUCAUCGCUAAAGAGUUUGGGGAUAAGUCUGCUGAGAGGAGGGCCCAUUGUAACCUUGGCAAUGCUCACAUAUUCCUCAGCCAGUUUGAGGUGGCGGCUGGUCAUUACAAGAGGACUCUGCAGCUGGCCAGGCUUUUGAAGGAUCGAGCAGUGGAGGCCCAGGCCUGUUACAGUCUGGGCAACACCUACACACUACUGCAGGACUAUGAGAGAGCCAUUGAUUAUCACCUCAAACAUCUGGUCAUUGCUCAGGACCUCAACGACAGGGUUGGUGAAGGAAGAGCUUACUGGAGUCUAGGAAAUGCCCACACUGCCCUGGGGAAUCAUGAGCAAGCCAUGUACUUUGCAGAGAAACAUCUGGAAAUUGCCAAAGAGACUGGAGACAAAAGCGGCGAGGUCACAGCCAGGAUGAACUUGUCAGAUCUGCGGCUGGUUGUAGGCCUGAAGUCAAACUCUAACAUCCACCCCAACAUCUUCCGCAACACAAAUACUAAUAGCUCCGCUCUUCCAAUAAGCUACAAGGGUUACUCCAACCUCCCAGGGGUGAAGUCUCCAUCAAUGAGGAGAGGCAGUGCCGAGAACCUGCAACUGCCAAGUCCAAGUCCAGACAAUAAUCAAACCAGAGAUUCACCAUCAUCACCCUCACCACAUCCAGACUGGGAGGAAGAAGUAUUCCCUGGGUCUUCAAAAAACAAUACAAUCAAGGCUUCCACUAAGCUCUUCCUCUUCCACCGACUGAAAAGCAAGAAGCACAAGCACAACAAAUCAUCUCCUAAAGAGAAACAUGAAAACAGCACCGAGCACACCGCACCAGAUCUGGACACACCAGUAUCUGUUAAGCCAGGAUCACAGGACACUAUCGGAGAGGAUGGCUUUUUCGACCUUCUCUCUCGUUUCCAGGGCAACCGAAUGGACGACCAAAGGUGCACUCUACUGGAUGGCCAGAGCCAUCUCCCUGCCCAUUCCUCUCCCUCCUCCACCCCACCUGUAGCUGAAAGGAAAUCUAUUUCGGAGUGCGAAACACCAUUGCAGGAUCCUGGUCAUUUCCUGGAGCUGCUGGCCAGCUCCCAGGCCCGUCGUCUGGACGACCAGCGAGCCAGCCUGAGCCAUUUUCCUGGCUUACGUCUCAGCACCUCCAGCCGGCCUCAUACACCCACCACCUCCAGCACAGAUCAAGUCCCCACACAAGCCCCCACCUCCAGUACAGAUACACCUCACACACCCUCCCUGUACAGUCGCCUCGAGGCCAGCACUGAGCAGCCUGAGGGGGACGAUGUCUUCUUCGACAUGCUAGUCAAGUGCCAGGGCUCCAGACUUAACGACCAGAGGUGUGCUGCUCCACCUUCUACAACUAAGGGACCAACAGUUCCAGAUGAAGAUUUUUUCAGUCUCAUCCUGCGUUCCCAGUCCAACAGGAUGGAGGAGCAGCGAGUCCCGCCACCCCCUGGCGUUGCCCAAACCAAACCAGACUGACUCCAUGGAGUGAUUUGUAAUGUUAUCUCAGGAUACCAGAUGAAGUAACCAAGCUUUUUCUUAAAAAAAAAAAAAUCAAGAUUUUAUUUUUUAUAAGCCACAUGACCCUUGAUUCCUGCCUUGUGGGACUGUCCUGACAGCAUUCCUGUGAGACUGCCGAGAAUACCAUGGAUGGUAUAAGGAAUUAAGAUCUCAAAUAAUAAUACAGAACUGGUCAUUGUGAUUGUGAAAUCAUGGGAAAUUAAGGUUUUCAAGACUAAAAGACUUGUUUUUAGAUAACUGACAGGGUCUCUGGGUAGUCGCAACUUUUUUUUGUGGUGUCCCCUGCUGACUGACUUUUAUCAGAGACCUCGGUACAAAUGAUGUUUGUCUGCUCUGGAGGCUUGCAUCAAGUCGCUCAUACAAACUAUGGAUUUUUGUUUGCUUGGACAAAGAGCACUGUUAUCCAAAGACAUGAGCCAAACUGAAGGGAUUUCUGCAUUAUGAUGAUCAACAAAAGACAUUUUAUGGACCCAUCUCAGAGGUUCUGCAGUUUAGCAAAGUGGAACACUGCAUGGCUGGUUCUGCUUUAAGAGCAGUCUAUCUUGGUUUGGAACCAACCUCAGAUCUCUCCAAUAAUAACUCAUCUCAGAGUCAAAUGACAAAUUUUCUCUAUGGAAAUUAAGGUUCACAUCCACUGCUAAUGCUACACUGAUGAGUAAUGGAGCCAUUUAAAGAAUCUGCUCCUGGAUUUUGCCUCUGAAGACUUAAAAACUGUUGGUUUUACAUUGUUAAAGUUGUAUGGGUGGAGCAUUAUUGCCAUAAACUGAAAUGGGAUUUUUCUUCUGUGUAAUAAGAUUUUACAGGUGACUAACUAGAGAGGGAAAAUAAGAAAUGUAAUUUUAGCUUUUAUAUUGACACCUUCUCCUGUCAGUGGAGAAAUAAAAUCUCAUACAUUAGA